UCCCCCACCCCUUUGUGCGUCCCCCCUGUGUACUCCCAACCCGUUGUGCAUCCCCUCCAUCCUCCUGUGAGCCCCUCAGCCGCCUUGUGGCCCCCCCCUCCGUGCCAGCCAGCCCCGUCACCCCCCCUUGCAUGCGGCCCCAGGGCUGCAGGAGCCGGGGUUGCACACCAUGGGCACGAAGCAGACCAAGGGCUGCCAGCCGGGCAGCGCCGGGGAGAGCUCCCCGGCCCACCACCGCAAGAAGGUGCCCCCCAGGGAAAGAGGGGACUUCCUCGCCUCCCUCGUGGUGAAGUCCGGUGAGAAGUUUGGGAAGGGCGGUGGCAGCAGCUUGCCCCCUUACCACCGGCGGAUCUGCAUGAUCCAGGACAUGCUGGUGCUGGUGAAGCAGGGCAAGCAAGAGGAGGCCACCGAGCUGCUGAAGAACCUGCGGCAGGAUUUAGGGAUGGAGUCGACCUCUCUGGAUGAUGUGCUCUAUCGAUACGCCAGCUUUCGGAACCUGGUGGACCCAAUCACACAUGACUUGAUCAUCAGCCUUGCCAGAUACAUCCACUGCCCCAAACCGGAAGGGGACUCCCUGGGGGCCAUGGAGAAGCUCUGCCGGCAGCUCACGUACCACCUGAGCCCCCACUCGCAGUGGAGACGCCAGGGCAUCAUGAAGAGGAAGCCGCAGUCCUGCCUGAAGGCCGUGCUGAUGGGGAAGCCCCAGGACAACACGGUGGACCUGUCGGGCAUCCCGCUGACGCUGAAGGACUUGGAGCGGGUGACGUCGUACCUGCAGCACAGCUCGGAGCACAUCGACACGGUGGAGCUGUGCUUCACGGAGCUCACGGACGACAUGCUGCUGCAGCUGCUGCCCGCGCUGGGCGGGCUCCCCCACCUCACCACCCUCUCCCUCAACGGCAACCGCCUCACCAAGGCCGUCCUGAGGGACCUCACCGAGACCCUCAAGGACCCCAAGAAGUUCCCCAGCGUCACCUGGAUCGACCUCGGCAACAACGUGGACAUCUUCUCCUUGCCGCAGCCCUUCCUGGUCAGCCUCAAGAGGAGGUGCCCCAAGCAAGGCAACCUGCCGACCAUCCUGGAGUUCGGGGAGGGCCAGCUGAGCGAUUUGGAGGGUCAGGAUGGCCUGGCUGAGAGCCAGGAGGACCUGCGUGCCGGAGCGGGCACUGACAGCUCACACUCACAGCAUUCGGACAGAACGGCCGAGGCCGGGGAGCUCCCGCGCUCAGAACGGGGGGCUGGGACCCCACAGACAUGAUGUGCAGCCCCGGGGCUCUUGGGUGAGUGUGCUGAGCAAGGAUUGCUUCAAUCCAAGACCUCGGCGUUGGGGGGUCCUGGCGGAGGGUCAGAUCACACGGGGGGGACGCUCCGGGGGCCCGGACUGCUGCCAA